AUGGACGACUCGACGUACAACACCAUCCUCCUGGCCCUCCUGGCGGUGUCCAUGAUCUACUUCUUCAAGCCGACGUCGGCGCGCCGUCCGCCGGGCCCUCGCACGCUGCCGAUCAUCGGGAGCGUGCACCACUUCGUGAACACGCUGGUGCAUCGCCGGCUGCGGGACCUUGCCGGCGCGCACGGCCCCAUCAUGAUGCUGAAGAUCGGGCCGAUGCCGCUGGUGGUGGUGACGUCGCGGGAGCUGGCGCGGGAAGUGCUCAAGGUGCAGGACCCAAACUUCGCGAACCGCCCCAGGCUGCUCGUCGGCGGCAUCUGCGGCUACGGCUGGACGGACAUCAUCUUCGCGCCGACCAGCGACUACUGGCGCAAGAUCCGCAAGCUGUGCAUCCACGAGAUCCUGAGCCCGAAGCGGGUGCUCCAGUUCGGGUUCAUCCGGGAGGAGGAGGUGCGCCGGCAGGUGGAGCUCGUCCGCGUCGCCGCCAGGCAAGGGGUGCCGGUGGACGUGACGAGGAUGGUGUACGACAUCAGCAGCCGGACCAUCUCCCGGUCGGCGUUCGGGGAGGUGCGGCCCGACAUGCCGGUGUUCCAGCACGCCAUCAAGCGGGUGGUCGGGUUGUCCAGCGGGUUCAACGUGCCGGACCUUUUCCCGCGGCUAAGGGAGGUGCUCGGCGAGGCCACCGGGAUGAAGCGGAAGCUCCGGGAGAUACACCGGACGUUCGACGAUAUCCUCGUGGACAUCAUCGAGGGCAGGAGGAAGGUGCGCGCCGAGAGGGUGGCCGGCGGCAAGGAGGUCGUCGACGAGAACGUCGUGGACGUCAUGCUCACCUUGCAGAAGGGCGACAACCCCUGGGGUUUUCCUGUCACGGACAACACCAUCAAAGCAGUCGUGCUGGACAUGUUCGCCGGCGGCACGGGGACGUCCGGCUCGUCGACGGAGUGGGCGAUGUCAGAGAUCAUGCGUACCCCGCGGGUGUUGAAGAAGCUACAGGAUGAGGUCCGGCGCGCGUUCCACGGCAAGGAGACCAUCAGCGAGACGGAGCUGCGCAGCAACAGCGUGAGGUACCUGAAGCUGACGAUGAAGGAGGCGAUCCGGCUGCACCCGGCGGCGCCGCUCCUGGUCCCGAGGGAGAGCAUCGAGACGACGGAGCUGGGCGGGUACGUGGUGCCGGCCAAGUCUAGGAUGGUGGUGAACGCGUGGGCCAUCUCGCGGGACCCGCGGUACUGGAAGGACCCGGAGGAGUUCGUGCCGGAGCGGUUCGAGGAGGAGGGUGCCGUCGACUUCCACGGCCUCCACUUCGAGUUCACGCCGUUCGGGGCGGGCAGGAGGAUGUGCCCCGGGUACAACUACGGGCUCGCAGGCAUGGAGCUCGCGCUGUUCCAGCUCAUGUACCACUUCGACUGGUCGCUGCCUGCCGGCGUGGAGGAGGUGGACAUGGCGGAGGCCAUGGGGCUCGGCGUGCGCCGGAAGAACCCUCUCAUGCUCUGCGCCACACCCUACGUCGUGCCUCCUCCUGCAGCUGAUCCCAUCGUGACUUCGACAUGA